AGAGGGCAGUAUUUCCAGAGGAAUGCACGGCGAAUCUGCAGCAGCUGUAAACCUCGCUAGCUGGGCUGGUUCUGUGAGUGGACCGAAGGAGAUCACUUUUCUGGUUAGCUGUGGGUUAAUAGCAUGAGAAAGAUGCUAACCAUAAUUUCUAACGUUCUGAGGGGCGGCGCCAGCAGGAACGGUGCCAGGAUUGUGGUAUCUGCCAGGACAUAUGCAGACUUUACCCCUCAGGCCACCUUUGAUAUUAAGAAAUGUGACGUGCACAAGCUGGAAGAGGGCCCAGCAGUGCAGGCAGUGCUAACCAGAGAAGAAGGCCUUCAAUACUACCGAACAAUGCAGACCAUGAGGCGCAUGGAGCUCAAAGCUGAUCAGCUGUACAAGCAGAAGAUCAUCAGGGGCUUCUGUCACCUUUAUGAUGGACAGGAAGCGUGUGCCGUGGGUAUUGAGGCGGGUAUUAAUCUAUCAGAUCAUCUCAUCACAGCCUACCGUGCCCACGGGUACACACUCACCAGAGGAGGCACCGUUCGGGAGAUCAUGGCUGAGCUGACUGGUCGUAGAGGAGGUAUUGCCAAAGGAAAGGGAGGGUCAAUGCACAUGUACACUAAACAUUUCUAUGGAGGAAAUGGAAUUGUGGGAGCUCAGGUGCCUCUUGGGGCGGGUGUAGCGUUGGCCUGCAAAUACCAGGGCAAGAAUGAGCUGUGUGUUUGUCUCUAUGGUGAUGGUGCUGCUAAUCAGGGUCAGAUCUUUGAAACGUAUAAUAUGGCAUCUCUGUGGAAGCUGCCGUGCAUCUUCAUUUGUGAGAACAACAAAUACGGCAUGGGUACUUCUGUGGAGAGAGCGGCCGCUAGUACUGACUACUACAAAAGAGGCGAUUUUAUCCCUGGAUUGAGGGUGGAUGGCAUGGAUGUUCUUUGUGUGAGGGAGGCCACCAAAUUUGCUGCUGAACACUGCAGAUCAGGAAAGGGUCCUAUUCUGAUGGAACUGCAGACCUAUCGUUAUCAUGGACACAGUAUGAGCGACCCAGGAGUCAGCUACCGCACACGUGAGGAGAUCCAGGAGGUGCGCAGCAAGAGCGACCCUAUCUCGUUGCUGAAGGAUCGCAUGCUGAGCAACAACAUGGCCAGUGUGGAGGAACUGAAGGAGAUUGAUGUGGAGGUAAGGAAAGAGAUUGAAGACGCAGCUCAGUUUGCCACCACAGACCCUGAGCCUCCGCUGGAGGAUCUUUGCAACCACAUUUUCUACAAUGACCCUCCUUUGGAAGUGCGUGGCACCAACCCCUGGUCCAAACUCAAGUCCAUCAGCUAAAUCUCCUUCAUCCUCCUCUUCCUACUGGUUGGACCCUCUCCUAUUAAAACGCACAGAUAAAAAUCCUCCCCAGUGUGGCUAUAGGUUUCAGAGACAGUUAUUGGGGAAACUCAGCCAAAUCUCCCAGCCACAUUGAGAAAAGUUGCCUCAUUUCACAUUUGAUCAUUGCCUUGUUUUCUUGUCUUCAUCAGUUACAACACUAACCCUCAAUUUAUUUUACAUCAUCUAUUGCAAAGAGCAUGUACAGUAAUAUGUGAAUAAACACGGCAGGACUUGGCUUGUAAUUAUUGGUACUUUCCAAAUGUUUCCAGUACCUCUACAACAUCCACACAAUGGCAGAAUAUUUACUUUGUCCACUCAGACAUGCAUGCGCUCACACAUUCACAGCUUUAUAUAUCCGCAGAAGUGUGUGUGUGUGUGCUUAUGUGUGUUUUAGCCAAGGUGUUGGUGAAACGCAGCCUUGCAGUUUUAGCUUUACAAAACAUUUAAAGGGAAGUGUUUAUUAACAGUUAAAAUGUAAAUCAUUGUGGCCAUACUACAGGAAAAGUUUGUGUUUUUUUGUGGUAUCAUAAAACUAUACCAACUCGAUUCAUUUAUAGGCUGUAAAGGGUUUUAAAAAUCAAUUUUAAUUCAUAAGAUUUCAAAUAAAGCUAAAAUGUGGUUAUGGAAUGGGAAACUGUUAUUUGAUUCUCACCAUUCCCUUCACUCUCUAGGGCAUUUAUUUAAAACCGGGGUUUUUUCUUCACAUAUUUAUUAUGAAAAAGUUUUUGUUACAAGCAAUGUUACUGGGGAUAUAUCUUAAAAUUCUGCGAUUUCCGUGUAUUAAUGGUUGUUUUUAAUGUUUGUUUAAAAUCUCUCUGAAUUGGGAAUGUAAUAAAUGUUGGAGUAGGAUGUUAUUUUGCUGUUGGGAGGGUAAAAGUGGGAAUCGCAGGUUUAACCUUUUAUGUUGUAUCGAAUAGGAUGGAAAGUCAAGAAGAUCAGGCAAUGUAUGUGUUCAAUGUGGUCUUUAUAACAUACAACUACAAAUAAAUAAUUCCAAUGC